ACACGUUUCUCCGUGGGCACGAAACUUCAAGUUUCUAUAAAAACCAGGAGUAUCGACUGUUCAUUACGUUACUACGAAGAAGCGACACCAUGCGGCUGAUCUUGGUUCUCUUCUGUCUUGUGCUGGCAAUUGGGCUCGCAGCUGCUGCUAGGGGUUGCCACAAAGGAUCGAAAUACGAUGAUAAAGCUAGAAAGUGUAUCUGCCAGUCCGGGUAUUAUGGUAAAACCUGUAAAUAUCAAUGCAAAUUCAAUGGGUUCCAAUUUGCAACAUACAUGUGGAACACUGCGUGCAAAAAGUCAUAUGUGCGGAGUAACUGCCAGAAGUCAUGUGAAGCAUGCAGUGGAGCCAAGUGCAAGGACCGUGCUCAUAAAGACUGUCAUCGCACGAUGAGGUUCAUUAUGGACAACACAAGAAGGCUAUUAUGUUACCGUGCGAAAGAAAACUGCCCGACGAUUUGCCACACGAAAGGCAAAAGAAAUGAAAAUUCGUUCCAAGAAUUGAUGGAGAAUCAACCACGGGAACUCGUCGACUUCAACUAAAAGUUGCAAUUAUUGUGAUGUCGAUCAUACGGACACGUUAAAAUAAAACAAUCUCAGCAGUU